AUGGCAAGCAGGCCAAGGCGUGGCGAAGCGCGGGCGGAUGUAGAUGCACACCGUGUGCAUCAUCAGCCGCUCGGCGUAAUACAAAAGAUGCCGUACGGCGCGCAGGAAUACAUUGUCGCUUGCGCGCGCACGGAUCCGCACAACACUCUCCAGAUUGUAACGGAUCCACCGCUGCAAGGCGCGCCGGCAUUCCGCGAGGAAGUAUGGAUCUAUGGACAGCUGGUCUGCCUGGUGCAGGAUAUGAAUGUUCCGUGGAUUGUGAGGCUGCAGUCGGAAUGCGGCAAAGGCGCCCACCAAGACACUUGCGAAGCGAUGCACGUUGGCGCCGAUGUAUACCUGUGCCCAUCGCACGGCGACUCGCGGCCAUGUACGGCGAUGGAGUACAUACUGCAUUCGCUCGACACGAUCACCGCGCAGCUUUGUUCGCCGCAGCAUUUUCCGGGUGGCGCAUACGUCCCGCACGAAAGUGUGCGUCUAUUUUAUUCCAUGAGCAAGCAGCUGGCGAGAAUUUUUCUGCAUAUCCAGCUGCACCACGGCGAGCUAUUUGCCGAAGCCGAGGCGACCUCGAGCCUAUACGCGCGGUUUCGCAUGCUGGUGGAAAUGUACGAUCUGUACCCCGUGGAAGAGCUGCCGGUACAGUGA